AUGUCCGCCGGCGCCAUUUGGUACGUGGCCGCGGCCAGAAAAUCGGCACAGAAUACGCUCUACAUGCUCUGCAACGUCAAGCCAGGAGCGAGCAAGAACCGCGAGGGUAUUGCCUCGGUGAGCAAGGAAGCUGUCGAGAUCUGCGUUGCGGUACAAGCGCGCAAAGGCGAGGCCAACAAAGCUGUCAUGGAGAUUUUGAGUGAGGCUCUCGAUCUCCCCAGGUCAGGUCUGCGAAUUGUCCAUGGCCUCAAGUCCAGGACCAAGACCGUCAGUGCUGUGGGAGGCUGGGUCAACUCGGGCGAGGAAGAGUGCCUUAGGUUGGCGACUGAGUAUCUGGGCAAGGCGAUGGGGAGCUCUUGGCCCGUGCCGCUCACCCGGUCUGUGGUGCUCUGA